UUGCUAGAAAUAGCAUAUAGAAAUUGCUUCCUUAAUCUGAAUUACAACAUGCCUUUUAUAGGCGUAUACACAUCGUAACCGCUACCUAUAAUAAUGACUGAUUAAUGACAACAUUAAAAUGGAAUUAAAUACAUAAUUAGUAGCGCAUUAAUUGUUUGCCCGUUACUCUUUCGGACUAGGAGGUCGGCCGGACUGGCAGGCUCCUCGCUGGGCUGGCAGACAGGCUCCAGGUUGUGGACUUGAAUCCACGGGUCCAUAUUCGGGGCUUGUGCUGAUUAGGCUCUGGGCCUAGUCCCAUAACUCCAUCAAUGAUAACUCUAUGCUGAUGCUUCUUCCUUCCCCUGAAGAAGUUAAGAGUGCUAUAUGGAUGGGGGUUAGAUAAAGAUAGUGCCCCAGGGCCUGAUGGAUACAAUGAGGUGUUUUUUAGACAGUGCUGGUCAACUGUGGGUGAAGAUGUAGUGAGGGUAGUGCAUGAUUUCUUUCAAGAAAAUCUUAUCCCCAAAGCAAUGGCUAGUUCUCUUAUUGUACUAAUCUCAAAAAGGGAUAAUAUUUUUACAUUUUCAGAUUUCAGACCUAUCAGCCUUUCUAAUUUCAUUAAUAAGGGGAGAGAUAUUUCAGAUCAUAUAUUGGUAGCACAAAAAAUAUUAAACUCAAUAGACAAGAAGGUCAGGGGCACCAAUAUUAUGGGAUUUUUACAAGCAAUUCUGUCCAGAUUUGGAUUCUUAGAUUGGUUUAUUACUGUGGUGAUGAAUCACCUAAAAGCUAUUCAUUUCUUUGUGCUUAUCAAUGGCUCACCAAAAGGGUUUCUUCCAGCCACAUAGGGGAGUAAAACAGGGGA